CUAUCCUCUAUCUGAGGAGGGAAAGGGGGGAUACAAAUGAAAGGGUCUCAGGAGGACAGAGAGGGGUGGGAGAGCACUCUGGAGAGACAGAUCGUCAGCCGAGCGUCAAAGCUGGGGCGCAGACUGGACUCCCACAGGGAGUGUGUCCGCAAAGUUCAACUGACCCAAGGGUCGUGGGCCUUGACUGACCCUCUUACCCAGUACUGGCUCAGUCAGGAUGGAGAACAAUCCAUGGAUUCUAGGAUUUACCUGCUGGAGAAGGUCUUACCGUCUCUGGUACCAUGUGUCGGGCAGCUCCUUAGAGAGGCAGAGCGGAGGGGAGAGACUGAGGGAGAGGGAGAAGAAGGGGAAAGGAGGAGGCGUGAGGUUGAAGUGGGUUCAUCUCCCUUCAGUCCCCUGCUUUAUCUGGGCCAUUGCUUGAUAAGGUCCUCCUCUGCCCCCUCUCUUCAUCCCCCUCUCAAUUCCAUCCCCCUCCUUUCUGACCGAGAAGAGGCAGAGGCAGCCCAGUACCGCCUGGGGCUGGAGUUCACUCUGCAACUGCUACAUGCACCAUGCAGCCGCUUGUCUGAGCUGAAGAGGCAGGUGGGGCAGUGCAGGGUGGAGCUGGAAAGGGGAGAGGAGAUCCAGAGGCGUACCGUGGAGAGACGGAGGGAGUGUCUGGCACUACACUUCACUGACUGGAGGCUCCAAGCCGACCACACCCUCUCUCUGUACCUGGUGCAGAAUGCUCUACUCAGCUUCAAGGAACUCCUUCAUUCCAAAAGUUCAGAUGAUCAGUUGGCCUGGGACCUGAACACCAAUGAUUCCGGCACACCUGACUCACUACAGCAAGACCAAUUUGUCCAUUAUGUGUCCCAGUAUGUGUCCCAGUAUGUGUCCCAGUAUGUGUCCCAGUAUGUCUCAGGGCUCUCUGAGGAGCAGUUCCAGCUGUUUCUGGAUCAUCUCUCCCUGUGUAGCCGGGAACACGGCAGUGCUGAGAAUUUGAGGCUGUGGACAGAGACGCUCUCUCAGGCCUUCUCCCACUGUGACUGUGCUAAGACUGGGUGUCUGGACAGACAGAGAGUGUUGGUCCUUCUGCUGAGUUUCUACCAUGAUCAGAAUGAGAGCACACAGGAGUCCAUGCAUGAUCCUAACCACUGGCCGUUACAGGGACACAAUCACAUGACUUGUGGUCUCCUUGGAAGUCCUGUAGCCAUGGACACAGAGAAGACCUGUAUGCCAUGUGAUGCUGGACAGGGAGACAUGCCGCAUUCAUGCCAUGAGAUAAAGGGGGGAGAAGAGAGGAAGGGAGAGGGGAACAGGGUUACCCCCACGGAGAGCCUGGAGCUGGGGCACCAAACUGCCAUAAACAGCCCAGAACCUCCAGAGGACUGGGGGAACAUAGAAGAGGUCACGAAGGGGACAGGGUCAGACACCCCAGCGCUGGACAUAGAAGAGCUAUGUGUUGUCAUGGAGUCUGGUCCCCUACCUGAAGAAGCAGAGGAUCCUGGGUCACGCUGGACCAUGUGUGCCUAUGACAGUCAGACGGUGAGCCGAGGGCAGUUCCUGCAGCUUGUGCUCAGCUUCCUGGGCAGAGCAUCCAGUGGCGCUAUGGUGGACAGCCUGGCUGAACACAUCAAAGCUGGCUACAGAGAGAAAGAGAGCGAGAGACUGCGCCGGCUGCAGCAGUGUAACGAGCAGAAAGAAGAAACCAGGAGGUCAAAGGAGGUGUUGUCUCUUUUCCUCUCCUGGGACAGCGAGGGCAGAGGAGCUGUGGACAGAGAGGAGGUGGAGCGAGAGCUAAGUCUGUACAAGGAUGGAGCAGAGGAAGGGGCCUUACAGAGAGGUCAGAGGUCACAGGGACUUGGCUGUGGGGGCUAACCAACAUAGUAGACCCACCCGCAAGC